AUGCAGGUGGUGAUGCAGGGGGUGAUGCAGGGGGUGAUGCAGGGGGUGGUGCAGAGGGUGAUGCAGGUGGUGGUGCAGAGGGUGAUGCAGAGGGUGAUGCAGGUGGUGGUGCAGAGGGUGAUGCAGGUGGUGGUGCAGAGGGUGAUGCAGGUGGUGGUGCAGAGGGUGAUGCAGGGGGUGAUGCAGGUGGUGGUGCAGAGGGUGAUGCAGAGGGUGGUGCAGGGGUUGAUGCAGAGGGUGAUGCAGGUGGUGGUGCAGAGGGUGAUGCAGAGGGUGAUGCAGAGGGUGGUGCAGGGGUUGAUGCAGAGGGUGUUGCAGAGGGUGAUGCAGGUGGUGAUGCAGGGGGGUCGGUGUGGUCAGUUUGGAGGUCAGCGUUUGGACGAGCCUGUAGAGAUCAAACAAAACAGAUGGUUUUCUUAG